AUGUCAGAGCACAGCAGCGCCACAGAUGGGGAUGUGGACCCCCAGCAUGGCUUAUAUAUGCUGGUCCUGCUGGUCUUGGUCUUCUUUGUCAUGGGUCUUGCGGGCUUUCUCAUUUGCCAUAUCCUAAAGAAAAAGGGAUACCGCUGUCGGACAUUCAGUAAUGAACUUGACUCUGACAACAAGGAAUCACUGACACAACUCCAAGAUGAUGAGGAUGAGGAUCUAAAUGAGGAUACUGUAGAAAAAAUAGUGAAAUGUAUCAUUCAAAAUGAAGCAAAUGUUGAAGUUCUAAAAGAAAUGCUGGGAGAAGCUGAUGCUGAUUUCCCAUUGCCAGUUGCUCUAUGUCCACAUCGUAGCAGCCAAGAUGGUGGCAUUCCUCAUCACCACACAGUGCACUUAGGCUCAACACAAGCACCUUGCAUUCAUUGCAGCAAGAAAAAGAGACCUCCCUUACAUCGUCAGGGCCGGUCAAAAGAGAGCAAAAGCAAGAUGCACCCUGGAGAAACAACAGUCUUUUCAGUUGGCAGGUAG